AUGAUUUUGCAUUUCCAGGGGAGAGGUCUGUAUGUAAACAAUACAGAUCUCUCCCCUGUCAGCUCCUGCACACUGCUUUGUAUGGCUCUGCAUAGAAGAGCCAUACAAAGCAGCAUGUCUCCCUAGUAAAACACACAGAGCACACAGUUAACCCUUUGAUCGCCCCAGAUGUUAACCCCUUCCUGCCCAGUGCCAUUAGUACAGUGCUGCUGCUUUUUAUUAGCACUAAUCACUGCAUUAGUGUCACUGGGGAUGUCAGUGACACCAAGUCAGUUCCCCCAACCAGU